GACACUCCGGCUCCCCAGCUUCUUCUUGUCUUCUCCCUCUGGACCAAGCACACACCCUGCGCUCGAGUUGACACAUGAAGCGUAUUUCGUGACACCAGCUUGCCUGUACACGCGUACACAUACAAGCGCGCCUUCGGAUCGGAACACGUGUGGCGAGGUGUGUGUGCGCGUAGUGUUGGGGGACCGCCUCUCUGCUAGCAUGAGCGUAUCCGGAGCCGACAAGGACAAGUCCACCACCGUCGUGGAAGAAGAUGGGUACCUCCUAUGGCUCUCGGACGACGAUAUAAACUCUACGGCAGGCACCGCAGACCAGGCAUCCGUGAUCGAAGCCGAAUCGGGCACCUCUGUGCCGCACUCGACUGCAUCGAGGCCGCCCAGUACUUCCGUAGCCAUCGUGCAGAGCAUCAAGGCAAUGCAACAGCAGUUGGUGGACGUCUCCCUGAACGGUGCCAUUCCAGUAGCCUCCGAUGCCGUGAUGGCAAGGUACAGAGGGGCUGUAGAAAAAUUCGAGGCUUCGCAGAAAGCUUUGACGACCGUUGCGGUGAGCCUGAACGCCGCGCAGCGGGAUGCCCUCAAAGCAUCCGACGAUGUCAUAGAAGCGGCCAGGGAAGCGUUCGGUGAAGACCCUGAGGCUUCUUCAGACUCCGCUUCCGGCAGCGCACAGAUGAACCCGUCUGCUUCUCUGUCGCAGGAGAAGCGCUCAUCACCGUGUUCAUUGACACAAGAAGUACGGCAGGCCAAUCUGAGACUGGCAAGGGUUGAACAGCAACUUGCUGUCAUCAACGUCUGUUCCGGCAGCAACACUGAUCGAUAUCCGCCAACAUCACCGAAUGUUGCCGCUGCUAGCAAGAGACUCGGGAGACUUCUGCAGAGGCACCUCCGCGUUACGGAGAAGGAGAAUUCUGCCACCCGCGCUGCCGCUAGCGAUGGCGCCUACGCGAAGCUGACGGUCCACGGCUACCACCAGAACGCGCAGGUCCUCGUCGACACCUACCGCUGCUCUGGGAGCGCGUGUCGAGUCUUCAGCCUCGUACGGGAGUACAAACGUUUCGCGGCGCAGAAGGCAAAGAAGGAUGCGUCCGUGGUUACCCAUCUCCACAACAUGGCUGCCUCCAGGUACGGUAGCCUACUCGCCGAGCGGGAAGAGUUCAAGGGCGUUCUGUGGUAGGCUACGCUACACAACUCCGUGAGAAAGACGGGCCAGCUGCGCCCCGGACCCGUCGAUAAGCCGACCUUGGCCGAACCGUUCACUGGGUCGACAAAGUUACCGCGCAGCAGCGGUGUGCGGCGGAGUCUAGGCGUAACUUUCUUUCUCGAAUCCUGCAUUUCUCGGUCGCAAUAGAAGAGAGGGGAAGGGAUUCUGGACGAGGAGAAGGAGGCGAGGGUUUGAAGGCCGUAGCCACGGAUGGCGUGUGUGUACAAAAGCAGAGAGUCGAUCCACACGCUCUGCAUGGUUGAAAGAAAGAACCAUAUGACCGAAUAAAAGGGCAAGCUAGGAUAGGAGAACACGGUGUAGCACCACCGUUUCAGCAACCAGUUUACUGUGUAGACUUCACCCCGCCUUCCUUCGGCUGUGGCUAUAUCUCCAACAGGUGUAUUGUGUACUCUUUGAUUGCAUGUAUUGUUUGUCAAAAGUUAACGUUACUACGUAGUACACUUGUUCUCUGUUCUGUUGUUUGAGACCCUCGGGAGUGGUCUCUUCUCUUCUCUCUCUAUCUCAUCUCAACCUGGAGGGUAACGAACUAAAAUAUAUCUUAGCACGCGUGCUGAAUGGCGUGUUGCCUGUGACUGCACAACAACAUCGAACCAAAAUCAAACCCAGCACCCUAUAUUUUUACAAUCCACAAAAAAAUGGAAUCCCUCAACAAAACAAUGACACCACCAAACAAACAUCAAAACAUCAUCCCUUCAACCCCCCCAGCUGCCACAGAAUAAACCCGUCCGUGUUGCCCCUCUCCUCCCACGCCCCGUGCUUGAGGGCAGCGGCGCGGUGGAGGCCGUACGCCGCGUCGGCGGAGGUCAAGUUCUUGCCGGUGUCCAUGAGAGAGUAGACGAGGCCGACAGCGGUGGCCGUAACGUCUCCUGGGACGACGGACUCAACUCCGGCCGAUCCGUACGCCUGCAACACCUCCAGCCAGAAGAGCAUCAGGUCCCAGUUCUGCCACAGCUUCGCGCGGGCGCUGCCGAAGCCCCCGUCGCCCCACACGGCGUUAGUCGCGCUCUCGAACAUCUCCGACACAGAGAGCGUGUCCACGCCGCCUGCCCCGCUAGCCCAGGAGUGCAAGCGCAGCCGCAUGAU